AGAAAGGAAGUGCUUUGGCGUCGCAGAGCCAGAGAAGCAGGGUAAGAGGGAGCAGUAUGUCCGCGGAAGUCCCUGAGGCAGCCUCCGCGGAGGAGCAGAAGGAAAUGGAAGAUAAAGUGACUAGUCCAGAGAAAGCUGAAGAAGCAAAAUUAAAAGCAAGGUAUCCUCAUCUGGGACAAAAGCCUGGAGGUUCAGAUUUCUUAAGGAAACGAUUACAGAAGGGGCAAAAAUAUUUUGAUUCUGGGGAUUACAACAUGGCUAAAGCCAAAAUGAAGAACAAGCAGCUUCCUACUGCAGCUCCGGAUAAGACAGAGGUCACUGGUGACCACAUUCCCACUCCACAGGACCUUCCUCAACGGAAACCAUCCCUUGUUGCUAGCAAGCUGGCUGGCUGAUUAAAAGAGCUGAACUGCAUGAAUCUUCUAAUUCCCAUUAUUUCUCCUUAAUAUGUUACUUCUCUGCUUUUUAUUUCCUUUCAUUCACCAAGUCAUUUGAGAAUGACAGCUUUGCAGGUAGCGGUAGUGUGUGCUGCUAUUGUAAGGGAAUAUACGUGUGUAGAGUUUUGAUUAGUUUUAACAGUGCACUGAUAAAGAGAACAUGUUAGAGCAACAUAAAGUAAUCUACUUGAAAAUAAUUGUAUAUAUUACCUAACUUCUAGUGUAGGACUGAUUCAACAAGUAACAAGCAAGUUUUACAAUUGUAAUAUUUUGGCUUUCUUUAAUUCAUCUUAAUUAUAGCUUUGUAUGUUACUCUUAUUUAAUAUAACCUCUAUUGUAUUGAUUUCUUCUGUAUUUUCCUUUUGGAUUUUGUAAAACAAGUUUAAGACCACAAGUUGGAAGGAAGAUCACACUCUUCAAACAAAAACAGAUGGGGCUCUGAAAGAUUUCUCUGUGCUUGAACUUGAAUGGCCUUAAACCUGUUUCAGCUUUAACAAUAGAAUUUUACUUGGGCAAUAUUUGCCCAUUCUGGUGUAACUUAUGUGACUCUAGUGCUUAACAGCUGCCGUUGAAGCUAGUAUUCUUACUCAGUUCUGUAGUGUUAGAGUAUCUUUUGUUGAAGAUGUGAAUGAAGUGUGCAUGUGCAUCGACUGUUGAAUUCACUUUUGUGCCAUUUUUGUAAAUACAAUAGUUUUGCACAACCUC